AGGGUGAAAAUGGUGAAUUACGAAGUAACAGUUUACACCACCAACUGCGCCUUUGCCGCCACCUUCAACAAUGUCUACAUUAAGCUGGUUGGCUCAAAAGGGGAGAGCAAUUGCAGCUGGAUUUGGAGCAUCAGAGGGUCUCUGGCCCUCUUCAGAGGAGAAGUUGCAUAUUUCACUGUCAGCUGCCCCAAAUCCCUUGGAACUUUGUUCCUGAUAGAGCUACAGAAGCAGCAUUUCCUAUUCUUCCAAGACUCUUGGUACCCCUCUAGAGUGGAGGUGAGAUCCCCUGAAGGAGACACGUACUGCUUUCCUGUCCACUGCUGGAUCACUGACCGUGAGGUGCACCGCUUCAGAGAGGGAAAAGCUUUGAAAGCCUUUGAAGAAACCCACGGUCUUGCCAAGCACGCCAGGAAGCAGGAGCUCAUUGGUCGAAAGAAAGACUAUUGCUGGAAAAACUGGGAAGAAGGACUACCUCACUGCAUUAAGAACGAAAGUCCUCUUUCUCUGCCUCUUGAGGUUACGUUCUCCUUCACCAAGGAUACUGAGUUUUUGUUGACUGCAGUAACUGGGGAUGUUAAGAAGCAUCUGAAACAACCUAAAAAACCAUUGGAGCCAUGGGCUAGCAUCCAUGAGAUCGAACAGGUGUUCAGGUUCAAGUCGUCUAAAAUAUUAGACCAUGUCCAGGAACAAUGGAAGGAGGAUGAAUUCUUUGCCUACCAGUAUCUAAAUGGUGUCAACCCCAUAAUGAUCAGACGCUGCAAAGAACUGCCAGAAAACUUUCCUGUCACUGAUGGCAUGGUCUUUCUCCAUGGUCAGGGUAGCUUGACAGAAGAAAUAGAGAGAGGCAACAUAUUCCUUUGUGACUACAAGCGUUUGGAUGACGUGACAGCAAACACCAUCAAUGAGAAGAAGCAGUACUUGAUGGCCCCACUCGUCCUGCUCCACAACAGAGGUGGCAAGUUGAUGCCAAUUGCUAUUCAGCUGAAGCAAACCCCCGCAGAUGACAAUCCAAUCUUUCUUCCCACUUGCUCUGAGUAUGACUGGUCGAUGGCCAAGAUCUUUGUGAGAAGUGCAGAUUUCCAAGAACAUGAACUCAACGUUCACCUGUUGCGCACUCACCUGCUGGCUGAAGUUUUUGCAGUGUCACUUCUGCGCAAUGUGUCCAUGGUGCAUCCACUGUACAAGCUCCUUGUACCUCACACUCGCUACACUCUGCAAAUCAACAUCUUGGCUCGACUUGCUCUAAUUUCUGAGAACGGAGUAUUCACACAGUUUGCAGCCUCUGGGGGAGAGGCCAUGAUCACAAUCAUGAAGAGAUCACUGUCCGCAAUCACCUACAAGUCCCUCUGUAUACCAGACGACAUUGAGGAGCGUGGGGUUGGGAAAAUACCACACUACUACUACAGGGAUGAUGGACUCAAGCUUUGGGAUAUCAUCUUCAAAUUCGUGGAAGGAGUACUCAGACACUACUACGGGUCUGACGACAUGGUUAAGAAAGACCUUGAGCUGCAGGACUGGAUUCAGGACAUUUUUGAACAUGGAUUCCUUUCUCAAGAAAAAACAGGAAUUCCACAGAAAUUCUCCACCGUGGCUGAGAUGACCAAGUUUGUCACCAUGGUGAUCUUCACCUGCUCAUGCCAGCACUCAGCUGUGAACAGUGGACAGUAUGAGUAUGGUGCCUGGAUGCCCAACACUCCCAUCUCCCUGCAGUUUCCUCCGCCAACAACCAAGGGACCAAAAGAACACAUUAUGAUGGAGACUUUGCCUAACAACAGCACCACAGCUAAAGGCAUGUCCACCAUGUGGCUGCUCAGCAAGGAGUCUUCUGACUUUGUCCCGCUUGGCCAGUACCCGAAGGAAUAUUUCACUGAGCCUUCCCCCCUCGAUGAGAUAAAGAAAUUCCAGGGAGAUCUUAGCCUGUUGAGUGCUGACAUCAAAAAGCGAAACGACAAUCUGAAACUGCCGUACACGUACUUGGAUCCAGAAAAGAUGGAAAAUAGUGUUGCCAUUUGA